AGCAGUCUGAAUGCCGAGGACGGGAUGGGGGUGACAUCUCUCAGUGUUAUCUAUGCCUCCAUCAUCCUGUCCUCCAUGUUCCUGCCACCCAUUCUCAUCAAAAACCUGGGCUGCAAAUGGACUAUUGUUGCCGGCAUGGGCUGCUAUGUGACCUAUUCAAUUGGAAACCUCUAUCCAGGAUGGUAACGCAAAACUGUCCAAAAUCUCUUCAGACCUUUACUGUUACAGCUAUCAACAAGCUGUGUUUCUUCUUCAUGAUUCAAGAGCAAAAAGCAUGUACCUCCCUAGUACCCCAAUGAGUAAACAAUUUGGCUUAGCAAAAUUAAGUUUCACGUUUAAAAGUUUAUUAGCCACAUGCACAGCGUACAGCAGGUGUAAAACAGUACAGUGAAAUUCUUACUUGAGCGCUCUUUCCCAACAAUGCGCUGAUAAUAACAAUAAGAAUAUAGAUAAUAAUAGAAAAUAGAAUUAAAAAACACACAAGAAGUACGAUAUAUUUUGAAGAUGCACAAGAAUGCAAGUACUGUAUAUACAGGUCAGUGCCAGUACUUUAUUCAAUGUGCAGGGGUACGUUUAUACAUACAAAGUGACUGGUAGAAAGAUAUACACUGAGUGUACAAAACAUUAGGGCUUACCAGGUGAAUCAAGGUGAAAACUAUGAUCCCUUAUUGAUGUAACUUGUUAAAUCCACUUCAAUCAGUGUAGAUGAAGGGGAGGAAGGAUUUUUAAGCCUAGAGACAAUUGAGACAUGGAUUGUGUAUGUGUGCCAUUCAGAGGGUGAAUGGGCAAGACAAAAUAUUAAAGUGCCUUUGAACGGGGUAUGGUAGUAGGUGCCAGGCACACCGGUUUGAGUGUGUCAAGAACUGCAACGCUGCUGGGUUUUUCAUCCUCAACAGUUUCCCAUGUGUCUCAAGAAUGGUCCACCACCCAAAGGACAUUCAGCCAACUUGACACAACUGUGGGAAGCAUUGGAGUCAACAUGGGCCAGCAUCCCUGUGGAACGCUGGCCACACCUUGUAGAGUCCAUGGCCCGACGAACUGAGGCUGUUCUGAGGGCAAAAGGGGGGAGUGCAACUCAAUAUUACGAAGGUGUUCCUAAUGUUUUAUACACUCCGUGUACAUGUAAACAGAGCUGAAAAGUGACUGGUAGCAGGAAUAUCAAAUAAAAUAACAUUGUAAUGGUCGCAUAUACAUGUUUAGCAGAUGUUAUUGCGGGUGUAGCGAAAUGCUUGUGUUCCUAGCUCCAACAGUGCAGUAAUACAUAACAACAGGCAACAAUACACACACAUCUAAAAGUAAAAGAAUGGAAUUAAGAAAUAUAGAAAUAUUAGGACGAGCAAUGUCGGAGUCCGGAGUAUAUAUAUAUAUAUAUAUAUAUAUAUAUAUAUAUAUAUAUAUAUAUACUCUGCUCAAAAAAAUAAAGGGAACACUAAAAUAACACAUCCUAGAUCUGAAUGAAUGAAAUAAUCUUAUUAAAUACUUUUUUCUUUACAUAGUUGAAUGUGCUGACAACAAAAUCACACAAAACUUAUCAAUGGAAAUCAAAUGUAUCAACCCAUGGAGGUCUGGAUUUGGAGUCACCCUCAAAACUAAAGUGGAAAACCACACUACAGGCUGAUCCAACUUUGAUGUAAUGUCCUUAAAACAAGUCAAAAUGAGGCUCAGUAGUGUGUGUGGCCUCCACGUGCCUGUAUGACCUCCCUACAACACCUGGUCGAAUGGUCUCCUGAGGGAUCUCCUCCCAGACCUGGACUAAAGCAUCCGCCAACUCCUGGACAGUCUGUGGUGCAACGUGGCGUUGGUGGAUGGAGCGAGUCCAUAGCAUCAAUGCCUUCCUCUUGCAGGAACUGCUGACACACUCCAGCCACAUGAGGUCUAGCAUUGUCUUGCAUUAGGAGGAACACAGGGCCAACCGCACCAGCAUAUGGUCUCACAAGGGGUCUGAGGAUCUCAUCUCGGUACCUAAUGGCAGUCAGGCUACCUCUGGCGAGCACAUGGAGGGCUGUGCGGCCCCCCAAAGAAAUGCCACCCCACACCAUGACUGACCCACCGCCAAACCGGUCAUGCUGGAGGAUGUUGCAGGCAGCAGAACGUUCUCCACGGCGUCUCCAGACUCUGUCACGUCUGUCACGUGCUCAGUGUGAACCUGCUUUCAUCUGUGAAGAGCACAGGGCGCCAGUGGCGAAUUUGCCAAUCUUGGUGUUCUCUGGCAAAUGCCAAACGUCCUGCACGGUGUUGGGCUGUAAGCACAACCCCCACCUGUGGACGUUGGGCCCUCAUACCACCCUCAUGGAGUCUUUUUCUGACCGUUUGAGCAGACACAUGCACAUUUGUGGCCUGCUGGAGGUCAUUUUGCAGGGCUCUGGCAGUGCUCCUCCUGCUCCUCCUUGCACAAAGGCGGAGGUAGCAGUCCUGCUGCUGGGUUGUUGCCCUCCUACGGCCUCCUCCACGUCUCCUGAUGUACUGGCCUGUCUCCUGGUAGCGCCUCCAUGCUCUGGACACUACGCUGACAGACACAGCAAACCUUCUUGCCACAGCUCGCAUUGAUGUGCCAUCCUGGAUGAGCUGCACUACCUGAGCCACUUGUGUGAGUUGUAGACUCCGUCUCAUGCUACCACUAGAGUGAAAGCACCGCCAGCAUUCAAAAGUGACCAAAACAUCAGCCAGGAAGCAUAGGAACUGAGAAGUGGUCUGUGGUCACCACCUGCAAAACCACUUCUUUAUUGGGGGUGUCUUGCUAAUUGCCUAUAAUUUCCACCUGUUGUCUAUUCCAUUUGCACAACAGCAUGUGAAAUUUAUUGUCAAUCAGUGUUUCUUCCUAAGUGGACAGUUUGACUUCACAGAAGUGUGAUUGACUUGGAGUUACAUUGUGUUGUUUAAGUGUUCCCUUUAUUUUUUUGAGCAGUGUAUAUGUAUAUACAGUAUAUAUAUGUGAUGGGAUGUAUAGACAUUAUGGACAGUAUGUGGAAAGAAUAUUUAGUAUAUCUGAAGAAUACGCAGGAUAGAAUAGUAUAUAUACAGCAAUAGUGAAAUAGGAUGGCCUUGACUAGAAUACAGUAUAUACGUAUGAAGUGGAUAAAACAGUACGUAAACAUUAUUAAAGUGACCAGUGUUCCAUUAUUAAAGUGACCAGUGUUCCAUGUAUAUGUACAUAGGGCAGCAGCCUCUAAGGUGCAGGGUUGAGUAACCAGGUGGUGGCCGUCUAGUGACAGUGACUAUGUACAGGGCAGGGUACUGGGUGGAGGCCGGCUAGUGGUAGCUAUUUAAGAGUCUGAUGGCCUUGAGAUAGAAGCUGUUUUUCAGUCUCUCGGCCCCAGUAUUUUCUCUCUGUACUGAGCAAAAAUCUAAACGCAACAUGCAACAAUCUCAACGAUUUUACUGAGUUACAGUUCAUAUAAGGAAAUCUGUCAAUUGAAAUAAAUUAAUAAGGCCCUAAUCUAUGGAUUUCACAUGACUGGGCAGGAGCGCAGCCAUGGGUGGGCCUGGGAGGGCAUAGACCCACCCACUUGGGAGCCAGGCCCAGCCAAUCAGAAUGAGUUUUUCCCCACAAAAGGGCUUUAUUACAGACAGAAAUACUCCUCAGUUUCAUCAGCUGUCUGGGUGUCUGGUCUCAGACGAUCCCGCAGGUGAAGAAGCCGGAUAUGAAGGUCCUGGGCUGGCGUGGUUAUACGUGGUCUGCAGUUCGCUAAAACAACAUUGGAGGCAGCUUAUGGUAGCAAAAUUAGCAUUAAAUUAUCUGGCAACAGCUCUGUUGGACAUUCCUGCAGUCAGCAUGUCAAUAGUGGGAUUGUGUUGUGUGACAAAACUGCACAUUUUAGAGUGGCCUUUUAUUGUCCCCAGCACAAGGUGCACCUGUGCAAUGAUCAUGCCGUUAAAUCAGCAUCUUGAUAUGCCACACCUAUCAGGUGGAUAUAUUAUCUUGGCAAAAGAGAAGUGCUCACUAGGGAUGUAAACACAUUUGUACACAACAUUUGAGAGAAAUAAGCUUUUUGUGCAUAUGGAACAUUUCUGGAAUCUUUUAUUUCAGCUCAUGAAACAUAGGACUAACACUUUACAUGUUGUGUUUAUAUUUUUGUUCAGUAUAUAAAUACUUAUGGUAGUAUACUAAUGGUAAUAUAUACAUGUAAACAGGAGUAAUAGUGACCAGUAGCAAGAUAAAUAGAUAGAUACUAAUGGUAAUGGCAAUCGUUAAUCAAUGAACAGCAGCAUAAUGUAAAUAAUAAAUCGAUUUUAAAAGCAGUGUGGGUGUGAGGGGGUGUGUGCGUGUGGAUAUAAGUGUGUGGCUUCAGUAAUGAGUGUAUGAGUGAAGGUGUAAUGUGACUGUGUGUAUUAACUUGUUAUUAACAAGUAGAGUUGGGAUUAUUACUAUAUUUCUCUAAUGUGAGUUAAUUAAAUAAAUGAUAUGAGAGUAGUGUCCAUCGGCAAAGUUGUUUACACACAUUGUAUGAAUCCUACCUCUGUCUGCCAUGCUUCCUGGCCUGGCCUGUCAGUAUAGGUUUAAGCUUAUAAACUGUAGGCAGGGUGUCUGAUGCUAACCAUAUCAAUGUCCUCUUCCAGGUACACUCUGAUACCCACCUCUGUGAUCCUGGGUAUGGGAGGGUCUCCACUCUGGUCUGCCAAGUGUACCCUUCUCACCAUCAGCGGCAACCGGCAGGCCCCUAACGAAAACAAGAAGGCAGCGGAUGUGAUCAAUAAGUACUUUGGCAUAUUCUUCCUGAUAUUCCAGUCUUCGGCUGUAUGGGGAAACCUCAUGUCGUCGUUGAUAUUCGGGUCAGAUACAAAUAUAAGUAAGAAGGAAGUGCACACAUACACACACGUACGUACACAUGCACACACAAAACAAAUGCAACUUGUUUGUGAAAGUCGUAACAUUUAUAAGUUAAAGACUGUAGGCUAAAGUCAAUCAUGUGUAGUGUACAUUUAUGACACUUGUUCUUGGCCAAUCAUCCUCUAUUGUACUAUCUGUCAUAAAGAUAUCUUUAUGUCCUCCUAGCUAGCAUCUCUAAGGAAGAUCUACAAUAUUGUGGUGCAGGCGUGUGCGCUGAUAUCAAUGCAAACACCACGACCAAAAAGCCAGCACAACAAUUGGUUUGGACGCUAGUUGGCUGCUAUAUUGGUAAGAACGUAUUAUUGUUUCUCAGUGUUGUAGGUUGAUGCUAGUGAAAUGUUCUGCUGCGACUAUGUUCAAUGUGUGUAACUGUUGUGUUUCAGGGGUGGGUGUGCUGGCCAUGAUCAUAGUGGCAGUAUUUCUGGAUAACAUAGACAGAGAUCAGACCCGGGAGUUCAGGGGCAACAGGGAACCAUUCUGGAGCACCUUCCUGGCCACGUUCACACUCCUGAAGGACAAGAGAUUAGUCAUUCUCAUCCCUUUGACCAUGUACAGUGGCUUUGAACAGAGUUUCCUCUCCGGUGAAUACACAAAGGUGAGGUGACAACAAGACAUAUGGUUCAUACUUUGCCACUAGGAAUCCAACAUGGAAUAAUUCUUAAUCAACGUAAGAAUGGCUAAAAGUGAUGUGUGUGACCUUCCUUUGUUGUGCUUCCAUUGCAGAACUAUGUGACCUGUGCUUUAGGAAUCCAUAAUGUUGGAUAUGCGAUGAUAUGUUUUGGAGCCGCAAAUUCGUUAAGUUCCUUUAUGUUUGGGAGGUUGGCAGAAUACACUGGAAGAGCCCCACUGUUUUGCUUUGGUAAGAAGCUUUCCAAUAAAACAUGACCAUUUUCAUUGGUAUACAGUUGUGGAUCUUAAUUUGAGCCAGUUUGCUACAGCAGGAAAAUAAUCCUGCAGCAACAGGACAUGUGAAUUAUUAUGUGGAUUAUAAUUAAUGGACAUUUUUGUAGGGGUUAAUACAUUUUUCAUAAGGGAAAAUCAAGUCUGAUAUUUCAAAGUGGAAAUUACAAACUUCAGAAGCCUUUUUAAACCUCAAAUACACUACAAGUUUUACAUUUCCUGCAUUGCAGGAAAGUUCACCUGCAACAGGGUGACCAAAUUAAGAUCUUACAUCUCUAUAAGACACAUAUAUAGUCAAAUCACUCACUACUCACCUCUCUUACAGCUGCGGUGACCAACUUUUCCUGUAUCCUGGCUCUGCUGUUCUGGAGGCCUGACCCAGACCAGCUGCCAGUGUUCUUUGUGUUUCCUGCUCUCUGGGGCAUGGCAGAUGCUGUGUGGCAGACACAAACCAACUGUGAGUAGAGAUAUCAUUUAUGUAUUACAUGUUAGGUACAUCAAACAUUUUGUCCAGAACUGAUGUAACAGGGGUUUUGUUCUUGUUUGCAGCACUGUACGGGGUACUCUUCCCCAGACAAAAAGAGGCAGCUUUUGCUAACUACCGUAUGUGGGAGUCCCUGGGAUUCGUUAUAGCCUUCGCCUACAGUACCUUCAUCUGUCUGGACAUCAAGCUCUACAUCCUCCUGGGAGUUCUGAUCCUCUCCAUGGUAACCUAUUUGUGGGUGGAGUACCAAGAACACAAGAAUCCUACUCUUCCAGUGGAGGAGGGAAUAUACGACACAGACUAUACAAAUGUCACAGACAAAAACUACUCCGCAAAGGGAAAUCACAUCAUCAGUCAGACCAGCUUGUAG